UAUACAUCCUGUCUCCCAAGUGCAGGAGUCACCAUUGCACUAUGGUGAUAGCUGGGAGGGCACAUUGAGUCAUCAUUUUACUGUGGUGAUAGUCAGGAGGGCACAUUGUUAUACACUUGGUGUAUAUAUUCAUUUCUAUUUUUUGGUAUAUUUUCUAAAUCCGAUUCUGAUGUUACAAGGCCGACACCAAUUUGUUAAACCUUGUGCUAGCUUCACAUUGUAUCUGCAAGCAACGUGGCGAAUACUGCGAUGAAUCUUGUGAUUAAUUAACAAAUCAAAUAUGGCGAAAUACGUGCUCCUGGUUCUUCUUUCAAAUUUCUUAGACAUUAUGCUCGCUACGUUGUUGCUAUUUCGCACAAAGUGGACGUUACAUUCGUGGCUUGUUGCUGUCUCAGAUUUGAAUUUUUGUACUACGCUAAUAGACUUAUGGCUGCUGGCUAUAUCGCGUUUUGCAUUAAUAGCCGGUGCAGUUAUCGGUACGAAGAUGAAUCCGGCGAAAAGUUGCCUUCGAUUAAGGCGGUGUCGAAGAAUUAUAUUCUUUCUAACCUUCGGGAUUGUCGUUUACGAUUUGGUAAAACUCUUGGCUAGCACCGAAUGUGGGCAGACACAUCGCAAGAAAAGAUUUUUUUGGUUGUUUCUGGGUCAUACAUUUUUCUUUUCGAUUGUGAUGUCGUGGAACUGGUGGAUGUUGGGAAAACCUCAUAUUGUAUCAGGCCAAACUUUAAGUGUUAAUGCCGACCAUGAGGUUUGUCCAGUUUUAAACGAAGACAGUUGUUCGUCAAUAUCAGAUGAUGAAAGUGAAAGUGAUGAAGCUGGAAGCAUUUCGGACAAUAGCAAACGAAAAAGCAAAGUGACAAUCUUCCGCCUACUUUCCGUCUCCAAACCAGAUACCCAUAUGUUGUGUUUCGCGUUUAUAUUUCUGCUGUGUGCAGCUUUCGGCGAGAUGUUCAUGCCGUAUUUCACUGGUAAGGUGAUUGAUAGCAUAGCCAUAGAAAGGGACAAUGAAAAGUUUCAGAGGUUCAUAGUUGUCAUGACGAUGGUGUCAGCUAUCACUGCGGUGUGUACGGGACUUCGAGGUGGAAUUUUCCAGCUCGUGAUGAGUCGAUUUAACAUACGCGUCAAUAAACAGCUGUUCGACUCCAUCGUUCGUCAGGAAAUCGCAUUUUUCGACAAGACAAGAACGGGUGAGAUCGUUUCCCGUCUCACGUCAGAUACCGAGAAAAUGGGCGAACAGGUUUCUUUGAAUAUCAACGUUUUUCUACGAAAUCUCGUCACUGCGAUGGGCGUCUGCGCGUUCAUGUUUCAUAUUUCGUGGAAAUUAUCCAUUGUUACCUUGAUAAGCAUACCAAUCGUGGCCGUGAUCUCGGAAAUCUACGGCAAGUAUUUUCAGAAACUCUCGGAAAAGGUUCAAAAUUCCAUUGCCAAGGCGAACGAGGUUGCUGAAGAAGUGAUCUCUUCAAUGAAGACUGUUCGCAGUUUUGCUAACGAAGAUGGCGUCGUUCGAGAGUAUUCUACAAAGCUGGAUAAAACUUACGCGUUGAAUAAGAAAGAGGCGCUGGUGUAUGGUGGCUACGCGUCUGGUAAUUACUUGUUGGAAACGAUCACAAGCGUGAUUACGUUGUACUACGGGGGACAUUUGGUGAUGCGAGGUGAAAUGAGCGGCGGUAAUUUGGUCUCGUUCCUUCUAUAUUCGUUGAGUCUCGGCAAUGCUAUCGAAGGGAUUGGUGACGUGUACACGGGGCUUGUUGAUGCUGUUGGGGCAGCAGAAAAGGUAUUUCGAUAUAUAGACAGAAAACCUAAAAUGCCGAACAAUGGAGUUUUAACACCUAGUAAAUUCACGGGGCGCGUUGAAUUCAAAAAUGUUUCAUUCACGUAUCCGAGUCGAUCCGAGUCCCCCGUUCUCGAGGACGUCUCGUUCGUGAUUGAACAAGGUGAAACUGUAGCGCUUGUUGGCCCCAGUGGGGCUGGCAAAAGCACGUGUAUAAAUUUACUUCAGCAUUUCUACGAACCCGAUGCGGGUGAAAUUUUGUUCGAUGGCGUCGCCGUAGGGGAUAUCGAUCAUAAAUUUUUACACCAGCAAAUCGCUUUGGUCGGACAGGAGCCGGUUUUGUUUGCUCGAACUUUGAAAGAAAACAUCGCGUAUAAUUUUGAAGCGGAGAGUGACAUGGACGAGCUCAUAACCGAAGCGGCUAGACUAGCAAACGCUCACGACUUUAUUGUGGAUUUAUCUCGCGGUUACAACACACAAGCCGGUGAAAAGGGUCAGCAACUUUCCGGUGGACAGAAGCAGCGCAUUGCUAUUGCGCGGGCUCUUAUACGCAAACCUUCCAUCUUGUUGUUCGACGAGGCAACGAGCGCUUUGGAUGCGGCAAGCGAGAAUAAAAUCCAAGAAGCGAUGUUCACGAAUUUAAAAGGAAGGACGCUCAUUAUAAUCGCUCAUCGUUUGAGCACGAUUGAAAAAGCCGACAGGAUCAUCGUGAUGGAACAUGGGAAGAUUGCCGAGGUUGGCACGCAUGCGCAGUUGAUGGCUAAGGAGGGCACGUACGCGAAACUCGUACGACAUCAGUUGGUGAACAGCGAGAAAGGUUUCACGUGAAGAUUAACAGCGAGAAAGGUUUCACGUGAAGAUUAACAGCGAGAAAGGUUUCACGUGAAGAUGAACAGCGAGAUAGCUUGAUUAACGAUGCUAAUGUGAUGACAAUUUCAAUAUUUUAUCCUUUGGAAUAUAUUUUCGUAAUGAUCAAUUUCAUUCCUACCGAAGAUAAAUAAAACAGUAGACUAAAAUGAAACGACUAAAAGAAUUGUGGAACUUAAAGCGCGACUGAAUACCUCUGCCACCCUCCCUUCCCAUAGGUUGGUUGAUUAUGAUAUUGUAGUUUUCACUGCAGGUAGAAUGAGCUGAUGGCUAAUUUUAAAGGAAGAGAAGUUAUUGGCUGGCACUCUCGAUAUUCUACAUAUAGCUUUGUGAAACUGUGAAAAGGCCGAGAAAGCAACAGAAAUAAAAUUCAUCCAAUACAAGUUGCAAAAAACGCAUGAUGCUUCAUGUUACCUCAACUUUUUAAAUACAUCAAAGUUUUACUGA